AUGCUGUGCCCGCAACCGCGCGCCGAGGCCGCAAACCCGUGGGCGUCGGAGGAGGGGCCGGACGUGCAGCGGCUGGCGCUCGGCGGCGAUGUCGAGCGUGUGGAGAGCGACGGCGCGCUCGACAUCAACGACCCCUUCACCAAGGCGAUGCUCGACUUUGAGCCGUCGGCCGACUUCACGCCGACGGUGGCGACGCACGAGAUGCUGCUCGCGAUGGACCCUUCCGACGUCUUUGUCGUGGAGUGGCCCACGCACUCGUCGCUCGAGCCCGAGUACUACCGCUCGAUGGUGCCAGAGGUGCCCGUCGUGCUGUGCAAGGCGUGCAACCACUUCUUCUAUGAGGAGGACUGGGAGCUCGCCGUGAUGCAGCAGCAGGCGUGCCCCUUCUGCGCCGCGCCGGUCGGCGCCUCAUACGGAAACGGCUCUGUCUCUGUGGCCGGCAAGGCGGAGGCGCACCCCAAGGGAGGGGCGUCGCGCGAGGCGCCGGCGCGCGCGGCCUCUUGGAAGGCGUACCUCGAUGAGGUGACUUGGACCACUAAGAACUGGCUGGGGCUGCAGAAGCAGCGUAUCUCGGUCGUUCUUCACACGGCAAUCGCAGAGCAGGAGUCGCUUAGGCGGCUAAUCGAGCGGGCCGGAGUGCCGCUGCCAGCACAGUACGUGCACGGCGUGCCGGUCGGCUGA